AUGUUUACCUAUUUCCAAAGUAUGGUUGAAGAUAACCCAAAUUUUUUUUACACAUAUCGAGUGGAUGAAGAGGGUAGGUUGAAGGAUGUACUUUGGGUAGAUGCAAGGUGUCGCAUGGCAUACGAGGAGUUUGGCGAUGUAGUUUGUUUUUACUCCACCUACUUGACUAACGAGUACAAGUUACCGGUUUGCAACUUUGUGGGAGUUAACCAUCAUGGCCAAACCAUUCUUUUUGGAUGCGCGCUUGUCAGUAGAGAGACCGCUGAGACCUUUGAGUGGGUGUUUAGCAAUUGGUUGCGUUGUAUGGAGAACAAAACCCCUGUUGCAAUACUUACAGAUCAGGACCCUUUCAUGAGGAAAGCGCUUAAGACUACAAUGAAAGGGACUACACACAGAUGGUGUAUUUGGCAUAUUUUGCAAAAAAUUUCUACAAAACUAGGAAAGCAUCCGAAAUAUCCUGGGUUGAAGGAAGAGUUAGAGAGUGUUGUGUAUGAUAGUUUGGAUUGUGAAGAGUUUGAAAGACGGUGGCAAGAAGUGAUCAAGAAACACAAAUGUGAAAUGGACGAGUGGCUGGAAGGACCUGAUAUGUUGAUGCAUUUUGCAAAUUAUACCCUAAUUUUUCUACUGUUUAUCGUAUGCAAUUUUUACCUUCUGGUUUUGGCCUUUUACCUUCUGUUUUUAGGCCUGUAUGUUGAAUGUGAUAUGUGGAUACCUGCUUUCGUGAAGCAUCUGUUUUGGGCCGUCAUGAAAACAACCCAAAGGGUUGAGAGAAUACAUAGUUUCUUCAAUGGUUAUUUGAGCAGACAUACAUUGCUUUGUGAAUUUGUGGAGAGAUAUUGUGAAGCUCUGGAGGUUAGAGCUAUUAGUGAGAAAAGAGCCGAUGAAAACAAUUCCAGAUUUUUUAGGCAACCCAUGACAGCCUUCCCAGCCGAGUCUGUGUUUUGCAAAAUUUAUACCGAUGCCAAAUUCAAAGAAGUCCAAAGGGAAUGUAGUAGGUUGUUAUAUGUGACGGGUCUGGAGAAGAGGCAAUUAUCUGACACAAUGAUAGAACAUGUUCUCGAGGAUAUUGUUUGGUUCAAACCAAAGAAUUCAAGAAAAGAAGUUCCCUCCCAGAGGAAACGGGUGUACAAGGUUAUAUACAACAGAAGCACAAAAGAAGCAGAUUGUGAAUGCAGGUGCUUUCAUUGUCAUGGUAUCAUGUUUUGCCAUAUGAUUAUGGUGUACCAAAUUAACGACUGUACAAAAAUUCCCGACAAGUACAUCCUACGUUGUUGGCGGAAAGAUUUUAUUAGGAAGCACACUAGAGUGAAAGUGAAGUACCAUGAUCCGAGUAAGACGGAGGCGGUGUGUAGAUUUGAUAAGAUAAUGGUGAAGUUUUCUCCUAUUUGUUCUAAGGCAUCGAUUUGCAAGAGUGCCUCUGAUGUUGUGUUAAACGGUCUACAGUUGCUUGAUAUCCAAAUUGAAGAGAAACUGUCCAUGCUGACCCGGAAUAGAUCUGAUCUUAUGGGGUGUAAUGGGACACCAUCCUUUAUGUGUUUGGAAAAGGACGCUACACCACCUACUACUGAAAAGCAAGGCAGUUGUGCGAAGGACCUGUCUCUACAACUUGCUACCAUAAAGGACUCGCCAAUUCCGAAGAAACCUCCUCAUCGUACUAUAGAUUUGAGGUACAAGACUUGUGUUGAAAAAUCGAAGAAAUCGGGUAGGAAGAAACAAGCCACAGCCGCUGCAGUGGGUAGUCUUAACAACCCACAAUCCUCUUUUCCACAGGAACAACAUUCAUUUCAUAUGAUGGGUUUUAGUCCACAUUGUGUUGGAGGCAUUCAAAUGACAGAUGGGGAUGGGUUCUUUGGGCUACUUCACUUCGUUGUCUGGAGUUCGGCGUCCUCUUUCUGUUGGGGCUGCUGUUUCUCCAACUCAAAGGCCCCUUUUCCCCCAUAUUAUAUGGCGUUCCAACAGUUCUGUCAAAUGCAGGGAUUUCCGAUGCAAAUGGAUGGUUAUAUGUCGCCUAAUACGGCCGUGUCUCAGUUCCCGUACUAG